AUGGUCAUCACCAGGAGCCAAGGAGACGCUGCCGAGAUGGACGCCCAGCGCCGCCCAGAGGAGCCGCACCGCUCAGAGGAGCCGCGCCGCCCUGGCACCCCCCGCCGCCUAGAUCAGCGUCGUCCAGACCUGCGCCGCCCAGAGGACCUGCGCCGCCCAGAGGAUCUACGUCGCCCAGAGGAUCUGCGCCGCCCAGGGGAACAGCAACGCUUGGAAGAUCAGCAGCACAUGGAAGAACAGCAACACCUGGAAGGUCAACCCCGUGUGGAAGAUUGGAGCCAGGGAGCUGAACAAAUUGAACUGGAGCGAAGACGAAGACUGUCUCUGAAUCCACCAGCAUCACCAACCACGCCCAUGGAUACGGAGGUUGGGCUAGGGGCUACGAACGACGCCUCUGCCCCCACAACCUCUGCUGCCUACAGACCCUUGAAGACUGGAGACCGACCCCGAACCAGGUCACCAGGGCAUUCAGUGCGAUCGACGGCAAGCGUGGCUGCUAGAGUACGGCUGGCAGAACUUGAAGCUGCAGAGAAGCUUGCAGCCCUGAGGAAGAAGGAAUUGGAGAUCGAAGCUGAACUCGUCAGAAAGCGACUGGCUGCAGACAUCACCAAUAUCCAAGAGGAGCAGGAGAGCCUGCAUGAAGAGAACCUCGACCACCAACAGAAGGUGGACACAUGGCUCCGCACCAACCCCGUCAGUGCACGGGGGGAGGAGGAGGAGCAGAGAAGGAGGGGAGGGGAACAACACCUCCGGUUCAACGUUAGAGGAAGAUCACCCACUCCGACCAGAAGGAAACCAGGGAUUGAGCAUUUGGCUGAAGCCCUAGAGAAGAUGGCUAGACCCAGAAUAAGAUGUGCUGACCUACCGAUCUUUUCUGGAAUAGCCAACGAGUGGCUGUCGUUCAGAGCAGCCUAUCAAGACUCUACGAGGAUAUACCAGAUAUCAGCGAACGAGAACCUGCAGAGACUGAGGAGCUGCCUGCGGGGAGAAGCAAGAAACGUCGUAGCCGGCCUGUUACAUGCCGCUACAGAUCCUGACGUCGUGAUGAAGACCCUCGAACAGUGCUUCGGAAGGCCUGAGGUCAUCAUAGAUCAAGCCUUCCUGGAAUUAAAGAAGCUUCCGAGACCCGGAUCAUCAGCAGUAGACCUGAACAGUUUUGCAGUGAAGGUUCAAAGCGUAGUCAGCAUCCUGAACAGCAUCGGACGCCAGGGCUACCUCUACAACCCAAUGCUUGCGAGAGAGGUCUUGGACAAACUGAGUCCACACAUCAGAGCACGCUGGUGUGACUACGCCGAGGAACAUGAAGUUACACUACAACCAGAGAUUGUAGUGCUGUCUCGCUUUCUCAUGCGCGAGGCAGACCGGGCAUUGAAGCAUGCAUAUGCCCCACCUAUGAGCGUCUCAACACCUGCUGCAACCCGGAGGGAGACCAGACCCUCGAUGAACACCGGGAACCAGAGGAAGAGGAUGAGCGCCGUGUAUAACGUGACUGAAGCUGAAGAGGAACAAGUCAGCCAAUGUCCUAGCUGUGAGCAGACUCACGCACUGCCACAGUGCCCCAAGUACAAAGGGCUCUCGCUAGAUGAACGAUGGGAACUGGUGAAGGAAAAGAAGUUAUGCUUCAAGUGCAUAACUAAGAAGCACAGACGCAGCAAUUGUAAAGCGAAGCUAUGCGGUGUGAACGAGUGUCGCAGUCCACACCAUCCGACCCUGCACCGAGAGGAGAAGACACCCAAACCCUUGAUAAAUGAAACCGAAGCCGUGCUGUCGGUGGCAACCAAAGCCACUGUGUCAACUCAAGCGGUUCUUCUGAAGAUGUGCCCAGUCACCGUCGUCGGGCCACGGGGGGAGGAGAAGACCUAUGCUCUACUGGACGAAGGGGCUACCAUCACCCUCAUCGACGAGGAGCUGGCAAAGAAAAUCGGCGCCAAGGGACCUCUCACACCACUUCACAUGCACGGGGUCAACAUGACUCAGCACGAGGAAGAUAGUCAGCUGGUUACGGUACACCUGGAGGGGAAGGAUGGAAAGAGACACAAGCUUCGAGCACGAACGAUCAAAAACAUGAAGCUUCACCAGCAGUCCAUUCCCAGCGCGUUACUGAAGCAAGAGCACCUACGAGAUCUGCCAAGAGAGGAAGUGUGCUACGACCAGGCACACCCUGGCAUCCUGGUGGGGACAGACCACUGGGAGUAUAUUGUAUCCCGGGAACUACGAGUUGGAGGCCCGAAUCAACCAGCCGCCUCUAGAACACAACUCGGCUGGGUGGUACAUGGAACAGCACCACGCAGCGUAAUCCAUAACCAGGAUGGCGUUCUUCAUGUCUUCACUGUCGAACCUGGUGGAGGCUUGAAGAAGCAGCAAGAUCAACGCCUUCAUGACCUGGUGGAGGAACAUUUUCGGAUCGACGCGCUCGGCAUCGCUCACAAGUCACGGGUGAGCGAGGUGAACUCCCGGGCAACAAAGAUCGUCGAGCAAACCUUAAAGAAGGUCGAAGGUGGAUACCAGGUGGGAUUGCCCUGGAAACAAGACGACAUUAAGAUGCCGCCUAGUUUCGACGCAGCACUUCGCCGUCUUACGAAGAUAGAACAGAAGAUGGAUGCCGCACCUGCCUUCGCCAAAGAAUACACCAAACAGAUAGAAAACCUGCUUGCAAAAGGAUACGCUGUGCCAUGCAACGGCACGGAGCGUUCGAGCCCGGUCUACGAAGACCGGAGUCUUCAAGCGUCCCGUCACGAAGCUCGUCGUGCUCGUGAAAGAGGAGGCUCGCAGCGCUACGCCGGGGGGAGAACUGUUACGGACGACGAGCAACGAGUGACGACGGGCCCGACGAACCACGACCGCCCCCGACGGCGA